AUGGCCAGCAACAAUGAUGCAUGGGAUCGACCAGUACCAUCCACGUCUGUAAGCAAUACACGUCGACCAGCACCGCCUCCUACACCUAUAAAAGAUGAUUGGGAAGACGACGACGACGAAGUGGACGAAGAACCCCCCUCUGAAGAACUAAACAAACAGAUAUGGGAACACGCAAACACUAAAACCCUACACCCAAUGCCCGCCCUAAUCCUAACCAAAUCCCCGUCAACACACCUCCCGCCCCAAGCAGCGUUCACACAACAACCCUCCAUGCGGAUUCUCAAACGGCCCUCUGCCUCCACCUCCCAGUCUUCUUCCGCCAGCUCACAGCCGAAUGGGGCGGAGACGAUGAAAGAGAGGGAGAAGAGGUACCAUGCGGCACGGGAGAGGAUAUUCGGUGGUGAUACGCCACCACCGCUAUCGCCACCACCUACGACGGACAAAAUGAAGCCUCAAACGCAAUCAGUGGUGAAAGUUGUGCGUGAACCGAGGGGUCCGGCCAGUGGCAAACAGUCGACGAGUAAGGGGUUCGGAGAACGGAAGGGGAAGCCUCCUCUGAAUACGAAACCUCCAAACGCCAACGCUGGGGAAGGUGGGAGGGACGUCUCGUGA